GCCUGGGUGUUGGCUUUCUAGACAAGGCGGAAGAUAGCAUAUAUAAGCAGCUAAGCAACCCCCGGCCUAGUGCGCCAUUUACACAUAAACCAAACAAUGGGUAUGGGUUCCAAAGAGAAUGAAUUCAGUGAGGAUUAUCUGAUACUGAAGCCAAAGAAAGCAUCUCUGGUGGAUGUGUUUCUGUUCAUACUUCCUUUAGGAUCCAGAAGGAUCAGAAGCUUGAUCGAUUGCCCCGACGCCAAGGAAGAGUCAUACAGCAGCUUGAAAGCCCGAUGGACCAUUUUCGUCUCUAUUUUGGUGCAGAAAUUCCUGGUCGCCCUCGCCGCCCCGCUCCUGACCUUGCGCGCAUUCCUCUCAGUUAUUCAACCCCUUUUCGUCAACUACAUGAUUGGAAAGGGUGAGUUCUAUAGCAGCUCGGAUUCCGGACCGGAAGUGAGAUGUCGAGACUGGCAAAUAGUGGAUCCGGACGACAAGGGUUUCAAAUAUUAUGGAGCCUUAACCAUGAUGGCUUCUCAAUUGGCGUAUGAAGAUUAUACAGCUUCCCCCUCCGUUGUUCAUUCAGUGGUAAAUGGUUGCUGGCAGAUGAAUUUACUUGGAUGCUUCAAUUUUUGGAACGACUUCCAGAAUAAAGCUACGACUGGUGCAUUUAUGUUUCAAAACACAGCGAAAGACCCGAAUGUAACAGUUGUGGCAUUUAGAGGGACUUCCGUAUUUGAGGCUUCGGAUUGGAUGGUAGAUUUCAACAUCUCUUGGUACAAAAUAGAGGGCAUUGGGCGCAUCCACAGUGGCUUCAUGCAAGCCCUUGGCCUCCAAAAGGCUACCGGGUGGCCCAAAGAGCUCCCUGGAGCCGAACAUGAGUUCGCAUACUACACUUUACGCCAAAGGCUUAGAGACAUUGUCAAACGCAACGAUAAGGCGAAAUUUAUCAUCACUGGGCACAGUUUGGGCGGCGCCCUUGCCACACUUCAUGUAUGUAUGGUAGGGAUAUUUUAGUCAUUUUGCACUUAUGAUUGGGUUAUGUCGACUACCAAUUUUAAUUUAAAAAAAGAUUUUGUUUUAAAAUCAAACCCUUCCCUAAGUUUGUUGGGAGUUGAG